CAGAGUGAAUCUGCAAUUGGACCCUUCUUUCCUUCCCAAGGUUAAUUCCUUGUUUCACAAGGCAAAGGAAAUAAUUUUGCCAGACUUCUGCCCCGGCUUGGUCCAUGCCCUGGAGAAAAAAAUGGCACACUUUAGAUGUCAGGAGGGCCCUCCGGAUCUAUAUUAAGAAAAAAGACAGAAUCCCUGUUUGCAUUCUUUCAACCCUCUACAUUGGGUAAUAAGGUUACAGCAUCGACAGUAGGCUCGGAUACGGGCAUGCAUCACCAAAGCGUAUGAGCUUCAUGUUCUUCCAUUACCUCGGCAAGUGACAGCUCACUUUACUAGAAGUGUGGCCAUGACAGCAUUCACAAUGGGCCACUCAAGCUUACAUUGAUGAAAUAUAAAGAGCAGCAACAUUGUCCUCUCCAUCCCCAUUUAUAAGACAUUAUAAGCUGGAUGCAUUCGCUUCCACUAAAGUGGCCUUCACCAGACGUGUUCUCCAGAAGGUGUACGCAGACUCAGGGACUCAGGACCAGACCACUGUCUUCCUUUAGGACAAGUAGGCUUUGGUAUGUCCCAUUCUUUGGAUUCUCUUCAGCACACUUGAGAAGAUUUUACCUGACACACUCCUUCUCAAUGUGCUGAGAGAGAAUCCAACCAAACCCAGGCGACCGUCUGGUCCAGAGGAGUGGCCAAAUCAGAACAAAACACGUCAAGUCAAUCACUACACCUUCAUCAAAACUGGGGAUGCAGACAGGAGAGGUGUGUCCAGAAGAUUGACAGACUCAGUCUAAUGAGCAGCAGGCAGAAUUAACCCUUUCCUUGGAUUUUCUCUCAGCACACUGAGAAGGAGCAUGUCAGGUAAGACCAACGCCCCCUUUGUAUGUUAUAAAAUAAAAUGAAAGCUUAUUACAAAAAUAAAUAAAUAAAUAUAACGAAACUGGUCUGAUAUGCCCUCCGGGACCACAGAUUACCUGAACCACUCAUUUAUUGGGUCAAAAUGCUACACAAGAACACCAGCAGCCAAGUGCAAUGCCUAGCUGGUCUCUCCAACAGAUUCCCAGUGACUGUUGGGAUACACCAUGGCUCUGCACUGUCACCACUUUUGUUUAUACUAGUCAGGGAUACCAUCACACAUGACCUACAGCAGAAUGCACCCUGGACUAUAUACCAGGGGUAUCAAAUUCAAGGCCUAAGGGCCUGAUUCGGCCUGCGGGGGUGCUUAGAUCUGGCCUGCGGGGCUGGCCUAUAAAUAUCUAAAAGACUGGCUCGUGGUGCAUCUGCUGGUUAAAAUGGGCUGUAUGCGCCCCCCGCCCAUAACUCAUUUUUGGCUUCCCCAGCCUCCAGCAGCACUCAGCUGGCAAAAACAGGCCGCAUUGAAAAUGGGCUGCGCAGCAGAGUGCUGCAAGAGAUCGUGGAGGGCAAAAAUGAGGUGUGCUUGGGCCCCCCCUGUAUGCUGUUUGGCCCAGUUAAGUGCUGCAGGAGGCCAUUCAGGCUGAAAAUGGAGCAGAAGUGCAUGCCCCCCUGGACCCUGUUUUGGCCGGCAGGAUGCUGUAGGAAGUGUCUGUCCUGUUUCUCCCCCCACCCCCCGCCAGCCCAUGGAGGAGAACUACAGUGCUGAUCUGGCCAUCAAAGAAAUCCAGUUUGACACCUCUACUCUAUGCUGAUGAUGUUAUGCUUGCUUCCACCACCAGAGGCAAACUACAGCAGCAAGUUCAAACAUGGAGACAUUGUCUCAACCAUUUCGGACUCAGCCUCAACAUCAAGAAAGCUGAGUACUUACAGACUGGAAUGCUUCAAAUAAGUGGAGAAAGCCUAAAGAAGGUGGACAUUUUUCAGUAUCUGAGAUCCCACCUCCGAGGCAAUGACAACAUCAGUGGCGAGGUGUAAGCAAAGGAAGAAGGCAAUAUUAAAGAGAUUGCAAUAACAUAUCAUGUCAAAGAAGGGCAUGAAAAAGCAGAUGCUUCACACUUUGAACUCCUGAAAGUACUAGGCCAGGGAUCUUUUGGAAAGGUAUUUCUUGUGAAAAAAAUCUCAGGAUCGGAUGCCAAACAGCUGUAUGCAAUGAAAGUGCUUAAAAAGGCAACAUUGAAAGUUCGUGAUCGUGUUCGGACAAAAAUGGAACGUGACAUCUUAGUAGAAGUUAACCAUCCCUUUAUUGUCAAGUUACAUUAUGCUUUUCAAACAGAAGGGAAGUUAUAUCUUAUUUUAGACUUUCUCAGAGGAGGCGAUUUGUUUACACGCUUAUCCAAAGAGGUCAUGUUCACAGAAGAUGAUGUCAAAUUUUAUUUGGCUGAAUUAGCACUCGCUUUAGACCAUCUGCAUAGUCUUGGGAUAAUAUACAGAGAUCUAAAACCAGAAAACAUACUUCUUGAUGAAGAAGGUCAUAUUAAAUUAACAGAUUUUGGCUUAAGCAAAGAAUCUAUUGAUCAUGAGAAAAAGGCGUACUCCUUUUGUGGAACAGUGGAAUAUAUGGCCCCAGAAGUAGUUAAUCGGCGAGGUCAUACACAGAGUGCAGACUGGUGGUCAUUUGGUGUGUUAAUGUUUGAAAUGCUCACUGGUACUCUACCUUUUCAAGGGAAAGACAGAAAAGAAACCAUGACUAUGAUUCUCAAAGCCAAACUUGGAAUGCCCCAGUUUUUAAGUCCAGAAGCUCAAAGUCUUCUUCGAAUGCUUUUCAAAAGAAAUCCUGCAAAUAGAUUAGGAGCAGGUCCCGAUGGAGUUGAGGAAAUUAAGAGGCAUCCAUUUUUCAGCACAAUAGACUGGAAUAAAUUGUACAGAAGAGAAAUUAAUCCACCAUUUAAACCUGCAACUGGUAGACCUGAGGACACUUUUUAUUUUGAUUCUGAAUUUACAGCAAAAACACCAAAAGAUUCACCUGGUAUUCCACCAAGUGCUAAUGCUCAUCAGCUUUUCCGGGGUUUCAGUUUUGUAGCUAUUGCAUCAGAUGAUGAAAAUCAAGCUAUGCAGACAUCUGGUGGGCAUUCAAUAGUUCAGCAGUUGCACAGGAACAGCAUUCAGUUUACUGACGGAUAUGAAGUCAAACAAGAUAUAGGAGUUGGAUCCUAUUCCAUUUGCAAGAGAUGUAUACAUAAAACCACAAAUAUGGAAUAUGCUGUAAAGAUUAUAGACAAGAGUAAGAGAGAUCCUUCAGAGGAAAUAGAAAUAUUGCUACGAUAUGGACAGCACCCAAAUAUUAUUACUCUGAAAGAUGUAUAUGAUGAUGGAAAAUGCGUAUUUCUGGUAACAGAACUCAUGAAAGGAGGAGAACUGCUGGACAAAAUCCUUAGGCAAAAAUUUUUUUCUGAAAGAGAAGCUAGUGCUGUGUUAUUCACAAUUACAAAAACUGUUGAAUACCUUCAUGCACAAGGGGUUGUACAUAGAGAUUUGAAGCCUAGUAAUAUCUUAUAUGUUGAUGAAUCAGGCAAUCCAGAAUCUAUUCGAAUUUGUGAUUUUGGCUUUGCAAAGCAGCUGAGAGCAGAAAAUGGCCUCUUAAUGACACCCUGUUACACAGCAAAUUUUGUUGCUCCCGAGGUAUUAAAAAGGCAAGGGUAUGAUGUAGCAUGCGACAUAUGGAGCCUUGGUGUCCUUCUAUAUACAAUGUUGACUGGUUAUACUCCCUUUGCAAAUGGUCCUGAUGAUACUCCAGAAGAAAUUUUGGCACGAAUAGGUAGUGGGAAGUUUUCUCUCAAUGGUGGAUACUGGAAUUCUGUCUCAGAAACAGCAAAGGACUUAGUUUCGAAAAUGCUUCAUGUUGACCCUCAUCAGAGACUGACUGCUGCUCAAGUUCUAAGGCACCCAUGGAUAGUUCACUGCGAUCAGUUGCCUCAGUACCAACUCAACAGGCAAGAUGCUCCACAUCUUGUGAAGGGUGCCAUGGCAGCUACAUACUCAGCACUGAAUCGCAAUCAGUCCCCGGUUUUGGAGCCAGUGGGUCGCUCUACGCUUGCUCAAAGAAGAGGAGUAAAAAAAAUUACCUCAACUGCUCUAUGAAAUGACCUCAUGUAAAAAAAAUGGUACCACAAUGAGUUGAUAGCACAAAUUAUGGCAACAGAUAGCACCCCAAUUACCUGAAAGCACACUCUUCCAGCUGGUACUGUUAUGCUGCUGCUGCUGCUGCUCUUGCUUUCAUCUUUUGAAAACUGUUAAAGCAAAACAUUUUCCUUCAAGUGGAGAAAAAAGCGGAAUCAGUGGUGAAAAAAACUAUCAAUGGAAAUAAUUACGAACACCUCUUGUUACAAUAGAUACACUGAAAAAAGCACUCUGCACCAUAUAGCAUUAUUUUUAUAGGGAAUCUUUUUCCUCCCUUUAAAAUAAUUAUUUGAUACAUGUAAGGAUGGACAGUUUAUGUUAAGCACUUACCUUAAAAUAUGUUUAUAUUAGCACUGUAAUUUGUGCCAUCCAGUGUUUUAUAUGUUUUGUAUAUUUUUCCUAACAAUACACUUCAAUACAUUGUUUCCUUCUCUUUAGAUUAAUUGAUUUGACAAUUAAAUCUGAUUAAAAUAUUAAUCAGUAUGAUUGGACAUCUCUAAAACAGCUUGACUGUUAAACAGCUAUUGAAUGUAAUUCUGUGAAUAUGUAUUUCCCUUCUUGGAUUUUUCCAUGGACACAUUAUUAGAAAUCUUGAGAAUUGUUAAAGCAUUUAAUGGUAUAACUGGCAUAUUUUAAUCACAUAUGUAGUUUGCUAUGUAUGGAAGCAAAAAGGAUAUGCAUAUCGUCAUGAUGUGUGUCUUUUGGUGAACCUCAGAAACUAUGGCUAAAUAGUUUAACUUUGGUUCAGCUGAUGUUAAUUGUAACUGGUUUUUCUUUGUUGCUUAAGCAGCAAUAGCAUUUAUUGCACAGUGCUGAUCAGAAAAUGGAGAGGGCAGAAAUGUAAUGUUUAAGCUGAAAUAGUGCUUUCUCCAAUAAUAAUGUUAGAUCAUUUUGUGGCUAAAAAUUAACAGCAGGUCUGUUAUAUUUGGGCCACUAUAGACAAAAGGAGCAUUGAGUACAAAUUGAAUGGAAUGUGUCCCAGUGUCUUCAACUUUUCUAGUGGCUCUGCCUUCAUAGUUUGGCAUGUUCCUAGAUUACAAACUUGAAGAAUGCUGUAUAAUCAGAUGCUAAGAUUGCAAUCCUAAACACACAUACUAAACAUAGAACUACUUCUGAGGUUGUUUUUAUCAUUUUCAUGGGGACUUGGGAAAACUUUCACCACUUUAAAAUUGUUUUGGGAUCAGAUAUGUGAGAUGUUAAACUUUUAUGUAUUGCAAUAUAUUGUAUGCUGAAGAAAUGAAGAAUUUUGGGUGGCUCAUAAGAAAUCUGCCAAAGAAAUUACUCUUUAUACAGUAGUAAUAUUUCUUUAUUGUCUUGCAUUUUGCCAAUAAGUUAGUCUCAGAUCAUUGUGGUAGAUAAGCAAAGUAGGAAAUGAAAAUAUAUCUUUUUUUAAUAUCAAA